AUGGCGUCUGCUGAUCUGAGGGCUGAGCUGAAAUGUUCCAUCUGUUUAAAGAUUUCUACUGAUCCUGUAAUGCUGAACUGUGGACACUACUUCUGCCGGGUCUGUAUUGAUCCUGUGUUGAAUACACAGGAGAGGUCUGGAGAAUUCUUCUGCCCUGCUUGUAGAAAAAGGUUCAGGUGUCGUCCUGCACUGCAGAGGAACAUGACAGGGUAAGGCACAGCCGUCCUCUUGUCCAUGGAGAGCAGGAAGUGCACAAUUCAUAAGGAAGUAUUGAAGUAUUUUUGCACUGAGGAUGAUAUCUGUAUCUGUGUGUCCUGCAGUUUGGCCGGAGAACAUCGAGGACACCAGGUGGAGAUGUUGGAUGAAGCUUCUGAGAAGAAGAAGGAGACACUGAUGAAUGUUCUGCUGAAACUUCUGACAAAGAGAGAGGAGACGGAGGUAAGAGUCCAGAGUCUGCAGGAACACAGGAGGGAAGUAGAAAAAAAAGCAGCCGGUGACACAGAGAGAGUCUCUGCCCUGUUUAUAGAGCUCAGGAGACGUCUGGAAGAUCAGGAGAAGAGAGUCCUGGGUGAGAUCUCCGGGAGGGCCGAGCGGGUCUCUAUCUCUGUGAUGGAUAUGAUAAAGAAGCUGGAAAUAAAGAAGGACGAGCUGUCCAGGAAGAUGCGUGACAUUGAGGAGCUGUGUAACCUGACAGAUCCACUGACUGUCUUACAGGAAUCAGACACAGGUGACUUGUGUGAUACUGAGGAUGGAGAUGAUGAGGACAGAGAGAGACAUGAUAGACUCCUCCAUGAUGGACGGGGUCUGGAUGUGGCUGGGCUCUCACACACAUUACACACAGGUAUAUCUGAUAUAAUAACAGAGGUAAAUGUAUCCUUCUAUAUACAGGAAGCUGAAGACAUAUUACUGGAUGUGAGCACAGCUGGUAAUGAUCUACAGAUAUCAGAUGACAGGAAAACUGCAACCAGGUUAUAUAUAGACCAGAAACGCCCAGAAACUCCACAGAGAUUUCCGUAUCCUCAGGUGUUGAGCAGUCAGAGUUUCUCCUCAGGGCGACAUUACUGGGAAGUGGAUGUCGGGGGGUCAGAUAAAUGGACAGUCGGGAUUUGUUACCCCAGUAUAGAGAGGAGAGGAGUGCAGUCACUUAUUGGAAUGAAUAACAAGUCCUGGGGAUUGUACAGGAUUAAUAAUCAGUAUCGGGUGAUACAUGACAGUAAUGAGAUCCUCUUACCCCCCAAUACCCCCAGUAACAGAGUCAGGAUAUAUCUGGAUUAUGAGGCCGGGCGGAUCUCCUUUUAUGAUCUGUGUGACCCGAUCCGACACCUCUACACCUUCACCACCACCUUCACUGAGCCCCUCCAUGCCGGGAUAAAAGCCGGACGGGCCGGUGUUCGCAAGCGCCCACUGCCCUUCGGCAUUGCGGUCAUCGGAAGCCCGCCCCUCCUGGGGGCGCGCUUGCGAUCAUCGCAAAUCACCGAUCCCGACUUUAUUGCCAAGAAAAUGUCCUUUGAAGAUCCUUCAGAUGCUGCCAUUGCAGACCAGGGCUGUCAUCACUGUGGAGAGCAGACACAUAAAGGACCGGAGAGAAAGAAUCAGAGACCUCUGUGGCAGCAACCAGUAUCCUGUCCCCACCUGAGAGCCGACUGGAGACCUGCUGGACGCUACCUGAAGAGGGAUCCUUAUCCCGGCCACCACUCUCCCCGAAUAGACUCUGCUCCUUCACCUUCACCAGCAGCGGACAGAUCACCAGAGCCUGCAUUUGGUUGUACCAAUGCCGGCAUCUCACCCAUCAUCCCAGAAGAUGGAUGA